GGCCCCCUUCUUUCUUUUGAACCGACACAAACAAAACAGCUUCGGCUGCACUUUCAAUCAAGCGACGUGACAAAACGGACGGACCAUUGUGCUGUUCUCUAAAGACCACGGGCUGUUUCCACAUCGCCAUUUUCAGCCGUCAGACGGCUCGGUGGGAUAAUGGACAACGACUACUCGUCCGGGUUGGAAAACCCUCUGUACAGCGAGCUGAAAUACUUCUGUAGGAAGAUCCAGGAGGCCUACAACGAGCUGAAGGAGGACCUGACACCUUACCGAGAUGAUCGUUUUUACAGAUUGGCCCCCAUGCGGCUCUACACCCUGUCUAAAAGGCAUUUCGUCUUGGUCUUCGUGUUGUUCCUGAUCUGCUUUGCCCUCACAGUCUUCAUUGGGAUCGCAGGUCCAAAGAUUAUUUCUGAGCAAGAGCACAAUGGCAGUCAGCUACUUGUCAAAAACUUCUCAAUUAAGACUGGGCCUUUCAACCUAGAUUCUCCCCCCCUCACCACCUACAACCAGCAGCUAUGGCUCACCUGUGUGAUGCAGGCUGAACACAGUAAUAUGGGAGACUUCCAGCAGCCUUUUGACAUCAAUGUUGAGCUGAAGGGAGUGAUGCAGGAUGCCAGUGUGAUGCAGAUCAACCAAGGGCACAAGAGAUCACGAAUGCUCCACUGCGGGACUAUAUGUGAUGAAAUCAUUGUGCUCCAUCUUGGCUAUCUGAACUACACCCGGUACCAGGUCAUGGUCAGCUUCAAAGGCCUUGAAAAUAUCACGUAUGAAAUCAAAGUCAAGUUUGUGUGGAAAAUGUACAAUCCCACCUUCUCGCAAGUGGAGAUCUGGUUCCGGUUUGUCUUUGUUGUGCUGACCUUUAUGGUGACGUGUAUGUUUGCACACUCACUGAGGAAGUUCUCUAUGAGGGAUUGGGGCAUAGAACAGAAGUGGAUGUCUAUCCUGCUCCCUCUGCUUCUACUCUACAAUGAUCCAUUUUUCCCACUGUCAUUCCUGGUGAACAGCUGGUUUCCGGGGACCUUGGAUGCUUUCUUCCAGGCUCUGUUCUUGUGUGCCCUGCUGCUCUUCUGGCUCUGUGUUUAUCAUGGCAUCAGGGUUCAGGGUGAGAGAAAAUGUUUGACCUUCUACCUGCCUAAGCUGAUCAUUGUGGGUCUUCUGUGGCUCUCGGCAGUUACACUUGGCAUAUGGCAAACGGUUAAUGAACUCCAAGACCCAACCUAUAGCUAUAAAGUGGAUAUAGCAAACUUUGAGGGCAUGAAGGUCUUCUUCCUGAUUAUAGUCGUCCUCUAUAUCCUCUACCUGAUCUUCCUGGUUGUCAGAGCUUGUUCUGAGCUCAAGAACAUGCCAUACUCAGAUCUCCGGCUCAGGUUUUUGACAGCGCUGACAUUUGUGGUCCUUGUAAUAAGCAUGGUCAUUCUCUACCUGAGGUUUGGUGCCAAGGCUCUCCAAGACAACUUUGUUGCUGAACUGUCUACUCAUUACCAAAACUCAGCUGAAUUUUUAUCAUUCUAUGGCCUACUCAACUUUUACUUGUACACAUUAGCAUUUGUGUAUUCCCCUUCCAAGAAUGCCCUUUAUGACUCCCAGUUAAAGGAUAAUCCUGCCUUCUCCAUGCUAAAUGACUCCGAUGAUGAAGUUAUAUAUGGGAGCGAUUAUGAGGACAUGCCUUUACAAAAUGGACGAGCUAUCAAGGCAACUGCCAAGUACCAGGAUGAGAGUGACAGUGACUGACGCGGAUCUCUGUGUCCCUGUUGGAAAUAAUGAAAACGCAACAAACUGUCACACUAUACAUGUGUACUUGUAAAUAAGGAGUAUUUGCAUUGGUAAUGCAAAAUUACAUAUUGUAAGUGUACAUAAAUCUAUUUUUAAAAGAGGAUAAGUUCCAUGUCGACUGAAUGUACUGUACUUUUACUUAAUUGUUUAUGCUUUCAGCCUCAUUGAAAACAUAGGAAACAGACUGAUGUAAAACAUGACAAUUUUUACCUAUUUGUAAACUUUACUUUCUCACAACCAGCAUUACUUCACCAUUUUACGCUUCAAAAUAUUCGGGGAAAGUGCUAAUAUUAAUUGGGGAUUUAUUUGCGUUUGAAAUCAAUGUUUUUGUUUUAAUGCUUAGUGGUGAACCACUGUCCUUUUUCUAUUCUUGCACUGAUGUUCUUGCCAUUCCUUUGUGCUCUCUGGCAGUCUGAGAUGAAUGAAAAAUGCAUAUAUGCAUAUGGCCAAAGCUGAGGAACACUAUAUACUGAUGGUAGAGAGUAAAGGAAGCUUAUGCUGCAACUGCUAUACACACCUAAUGGUACAUUGUGGCUCGUCAGCAUUGACAUGUUUGGUGAACUUUAGUGCCAUAGCAGUGUUCGUUGUUGACAAACUUUAAUUGUCCUCAGACAUGUUUAAAAAAAAACAAAAAAACCCACAGAGUCUUAACUGGAGUAGAGACCACUGAUCUAUUACCACUUCUUACCAAUUCUUCCCCUGGAAGGAAGCUUUGUUUUUGCACUUAUAAUGAAUUGUAUUUAUUUUGCCAAAAAGUGGUGGCAUUUGAUACGGUAUUAUCUCAUUAUAUGGGUGGAUGGAUUUUGAUGACCUGCAAGACUAUUACACAACUUUAUGUAAAUGGACUACUGAUCUAUCAUGUUAAACAUUUCUUAUCCAUGCAGUAGGUAAACCAUUGGCCAAAUAUCUUUUGCCUUAUGUAGAGCAUAUUAUUUUAAAUAUUCUGUUUUUUGUUCUCCUGUCCUUGGAUUGCCAACAAUGUGAGACAUGCUGCCCUUUCCUUUCUUUUAUAUAACUGAAGCUUAUGGACAAAAAAAAAAACGGCCAAAACAAACUUCUCCUGUUCCUUACAAAUAGUAUCUCAACGUGUAUUCUAAUCAAGAUGGUGCCUUGUCUUUAUAUCACUGUUUUCUUUUUAAUGGGCAGCAGUUUCAGAUAUGUAAAUGCUUUGACAUAAAUGUACAUUUUUGAUUAUUUCAGUUUGAAUGUAGCUUCUGGUUGUUAUCAGUGGUGAAAUGAGGUUAUUGUGGGUCCUGAUAUGUUUGAAGUUCUUGCCAUUUUUGUUGCUUUGUGAGAUAAAAGCUGUGCAUGUAGCACUCUGUCAUGUCACGUGUAAAUAAAGCAAAAUACCUACA